AUGAAAUACGUAAAUUAUGCCUCUUAUCUGCCUGCGCCCCAAGCGGCUCUGGAAGUGGCCACAGCCCCCUUCCCUUCUGUAGACGGCCUGGCAGAUGACGAGAUUAUCAUCAAGAACAAAGCGGUUGCGAUCAACCCCGUCGAUUGGAAGAUCCAGUCCUUCCCUCCUGGUAACAACCGCUUCAACAUCAAGUACCCAGCCAUUCUCGGCGAGGACGUCGCAGGCGAGGUUCUCUACGUCGGCUCCAGUGUGAGCCAAUUCAAAAAGGGCGACCGGGUGCUCGCCUACGCUUUAGGGCUAGGCUCGGGAGAUACGGAGAAGAGCGGGUUCCAGCUAUAUGUCAAGCUCAAGGCCAUCGUGGCCUCCAAGAUACCGGACAACAUAGACUACGAGAGCGCAGUCGUCCUCCCGCUCAGUAUCUCCACUGCUGCUGCAGGACUGUACCUUCAAAACACACUCGGCCUGCGAGCACCAGAGCUUCCGUCUUCGUCGUCGUCGUCGUCGUCGUCGCCGCCGCCCGCCAGUAAGACCCAGGAGGCGCUGCUGAUCUGGGGCGGCUCCUCGUCCGUCGGGUCCUCGGUCAUCCAGCUUGCCGCCGCGGCGGGGUACACGGUGGUCACGACCGCCAGCCCGGCCAACUACAGCUACUGCAAGGGCCUGGGCGCCCAGUACGUGCUCGACUACCACAAUCCCGACGUCGUGGCCAUCCUGGCCGCCGUGCUGGCCCGGUCGGGCGCGGUGCUCGUGGGCGCGUACGAGGCCAUCGGGACGGCGACGACCGUGCGACAGACUGCGGCGGUCGUGGCGGCCCUGGGCGGGGGCCGGGUCGCGGCUGUGGGUGGGGUGCCCGAGGGCGAUCUCGGAAAGGACGUGGAGGUUGUGUCGAUCUCGAGCGCGCAGAUUGUUGCGUCGGAACCGGGCGUGGCUAGGCGCAUCUGGGGUGAGUAUGUGCCUGCAGCGCUGGAGGCUGGGGUGCUGAAGGCGGCGCCGCAGAGUACGGUCGUGGGAAGGGGGUUGUAUUAUCUGCAGGGCGCGCUGGAUCUGAAUAAGAGCGGGGUCAGUGCUGCCAAGGUCGUUGUGUCCUUGUGAAGAGCUUGUGGAUGCUGUGUGGAUGACCGAUGCGUACCAAGCAAAUCACUUUGCUGGGAGGGUUGUGUCCAAGACGGUGCUAUGCAGAUAUAAAUAUCCUCACGUGUACAUGUUGUAGUCGGUGCUGAAGCUAUUCAGAAAUCAUUCUGGGCGAUAUAGAGCAAUCUUUGAU